AUGGCGUCGCGUCCCGACACCAGCCACGACGCCAACGAGCGCCGCGUGCGCCGCCUCCUCCGCGCUCUCGCUCUCGACACGGGCGACGUCCUGCUCUUCGACCGCAAGUGCUCGUCCAUGGGCGUGUACGGCGGCGCCAUCUGCGUCUGCGCCAAGCUCUUGGGCCAAACGCACUGGGACCACACGGGCGUCAUCGUCCGCAUCCCAUCUGAAGCUUUACCUGCAGAAAAAUCCAGCAAAGAAAUAUCCAGCGAAGAAAAAUCCAGUGAAGAAAAAUCCGAUGAAGAGGACGAGCAGCUGUUCGUCCUGGAGGCUGCGCUUACGGGCGUCAAGCUGCGGCCGCUCGUGGCGCGUGUGUUGCGCAGUGGCGGCCACGACGUCGUGGUCCGGAAGCUGCAGUUCGCCCGGACUGUGGAGGUGCAAGCCAGGGGUCAGGAAUUCGCACUUAGUGUGGUCCAUGCUCCCUACGAAGACGAGCUGGCACGGUUGUUCAAUGCGGGGGUGUCCGUGCCGACGAGACUUGCUCGGGAACGGCUGUUUGCUGCGUUUAUUGCAGCGAAACAAGAGCUCGCGAGACUGGACGUGGAGCUCUUGCAUCGGGACAAGAUGUCGGUGUUUGAGAAGGAAGCGCUGCGGCAGGAGCGCGAGGCUGUGCAGAAGAGAUGCGGACAGCUGGGCGCCGAGUUACGGGGCAAAGAGCGGUCGGUGUUUGAGAACGCGGUGGAAAAGCAGGCGACCAAGAUGUUUUGCUCGCAAUUGGUGGCAGCGUUCUAUCAGCAUCUGGGACUAUUGCUGCCGUACCCGUCGGCGAGCUCGUACUUGCCGAAACACUUUAGUGCUCGAGAGGGCGGUGAGUUUCUCCAGCUGCAGCAAGGUGCGAGUUUCUUGCCGGAGAUUUCAUUGCGGAAGGAACUUGAGACGGAGACGAAGCGGUAUGUGACAAGAGAGCACGAGAGGAAGGACCGCGGUCCAUGUGCUGCGAGUGAAACGGCGGCGAUUGUGCAUUGCUUGCGCCGCCAUCAGUUGUUCCACACGUUGAGCGAGCCGGAACUGUUGGCAGCUGCUGCGCAGUUCCGUCGUCGUGUGCUAACGAAAGGAGAGGUGGUGUUUCAUCAAGGGACGCUGGGAGACUGUUUCUACAUUAUCGAGCGAGGACAUUGCGACGUGUUUGUGGAUUAUGAUCACCCGAUGAAGACAAAUGCAGUGCUGCAUGCAGCACAUACCGACAGUGUUUCCGAUCCAGAGCUUCAGCAGCGGACAGAACUACGAAGACAUAAAACUAUUGUGCUGCCUGAGUUUAAGUCGUCAUCAAGUCAAGUCGGCAAGAACGAGCGCGUUCACGUGGCGACGAAUGGCCCCGGCAAUGCUUUUGGAGCGUCCGCGCUUAUUUACGAUACUCCACGACGUGCUACACUGCAGGCAAGCUAUUCCGAGCCGGAGGAUGACGAAGGAGCUGUCGUACUAUGGCAACUUGACAAGCAAGCGUUUUGCGAGAUUUUGGCGCGUCAUCCAGGUACUCAACGAUCUCUGGAAGAGUGUCGCUUUUUGCUUGAAACGUUGGAAGACCACCCGCUGUUUGCCGAGCUCGAUGAUCGUGCGAAGGCAUUGGCUGUGCGUAAAUGUUUUCCCCUGAGCGUGCGAGCAGGUACGACGAUAUUGCGGCAAGGUGAUCCGGGUGACUACUUUUACCUGGUUGAAAGUGGUCGGUGCGAGGUGUCACGUUGUAAACCAAAGGUGACGAAUCCUUUUGUGGACCGGGUCAUUGGACGUGGUGCUAGUUUCGGUGAAGCUGCGUUGUUGUACAACAGUCGUCGCGGCGCCUCGGUGAAGGCGCUUGACGAUGCCAAAAUCUGGUGCAUGGAUCGUGCGAGCUUCCUCACGAUCACACGGAGCGGUUCAGCUGCCCUGCACAAAUUGUUCAGUAAAGUCGGCACCACAGUUGUUUCUGGUUCGAACGAGAGUUUCGCGACGGAACGCGACUUGCGCCGGAUGCUUACAGACCCUCAGCAGAUGCAGCUGAUCAGGCAUUGUGAUACCAAGGAUGACGACGACGAUGACGAUGAAGAGUUUGAUGAGAUGGCGGCACUCUCUGGCUCACUGCCCUCAGCGCAGUCGUACAACCGUGCAGUGCAGCUUGCGUUGUCAGUGUUGCUCAACGAUUCAUCCGGGCUCGUCAACUUCUCCCAAUUUGCACAUUUUCAUAUCGCUUUGGGCGCUUCCAAUAUCGACCAGCUCUUACCAGAAGCUGCUUUCCGCGUACUGAAGUCCGUGGCAGAUACAUAUCAUGAGGGCGAUACGCGUGUACCGAUGCCGUCUACAUCACCAACUCUUUUCGAUCCGGUUGACCCAGACCAAGCUACGAUCAAACUGAAUGAUCUUUCUCGUGCUAUUCGCCAGUGGUUGUCUACCGGUGAGACAGCAGGGGAUGCUUGCGGUACACCGGAAACUACUGUUUGCUUGACGCCUGGGCGCUUGGCAUUUUACGAGCGCUUGUUUGACUUGCCAGCACAUCAGUUUGGCGACCAGUACGUUACGCACGACGACCUGGUACGUGGGAUUACCGCAUUCGAAAUGGAGGACGCUCGAUCAGGAAGCAAAGAGGAUGAUGAUGAUGCUGGAUUGGACGAUGUGGUAGCAGCCAAAGUCGAGUUUCGAGCUUUUCUAGCUGCCCUCAAGUCUGAUAUCAGUGCGCUGCGCACUAUCUGGCGCGCCGCUAAGCUACAAGCUCGCGGUGGGGAUAAUGCGGGCAAACUUGGUGACCGACGGAAGCUUACGUUUGACGCCAAUCUCAAGUCCGGUUGGAUCGCUGCUCUUCGUCUGAAUCCUACAGGCAGUGACUGGGAAUACUUGCAGCCUGUGAUGGAAGACGAGUAUCAGAGUGCGGCUUACAACGACACCAAUGCGAUGACCCAUGGCAAGCAACUGACAGCGCAAAUCACUUCGUUUGCUGCUGCUAUUGCUGCAGGCGCAUUGGCCCGCACUAUGUGUGCACCGCUGGAGCGAUUGAAAAUGCUCAUGCAGUUAUCCAUACCCAAGCCAAUGCCUGCCGCAGCCAUGGCCGUAGCUGCGACCGCAAAACCCACAGUCAUCUUUGCCCCAUACACGUCGUUGACAAGGGGCGUUUUGAACAUGGUAAAGCUCAGCGGCCUGCGCAGCUUGUUCAGUGGCAACCUCGCGCACUGUAUCUGGGUGGUGCCGUUAGUACCCACAAAAUUCGCACUGUGUCGCAUCUACCAGGAUCAAGUUGGACGUUUGCUUCCUGGAUCUUCUUGGACAUCAGGUGCGACCGAAGUAGGGAAGCCUCUGGUGUCCGCGAUGGCAGCUAACCUCGCAAUGGGUGGUCUUGCUGGUCUGACGCUCAACUGCUUGUUCUACCCGUUGGAUGUUAUCCGCGGACGGCUCACUGUGCAGCAGUACUACAAUGCGAAUCGACCGUCGCGUGGCAUCAUAGACUGCGCUCGCUCUAUCCGUGACAAGGCAGGCUUGCGUGGAUUUUAUCAAGGGUUUGCACCUGCAAGUCUCGGUGUCGCCACUUCCAUCGGAUGCAGCUUCGCGUUUUACGAGUCUUUGCGGCCAAUAUUUGUGCUUUACGACACCGCAGACACGCGCAAUCAGCUUGGGCGUCCGAGUGUGCCUGGCCAGAUCAUGUGCGCGACAAUGGCAUCACUCGCGUCGCAAUGCAUCGCGUACCCAUUUGACGUCAUCCGGCGGCGAGUUCAGCUGCAAGGCACCAAAUGGCAUCCGGAACUCGCAUUUCCGACGUACAAGAGCGCAUGGCACUGUGUGAAAACUUCUGUUCAAGAAGACGGAGGUGGUGUACGCGGUCUGCGCUCGCUGUAUCGGGGCAUGUUUGUGAAUGCGGUCAAGGCUCUGCCACCCACGGUCAUCUCGUUCCUCAGCUACGAGAAGCUGUGGGGGAUGGAGCAUAGUGCAGAAGACGCGUAG